GUGUAGCUGUCAUACAGAUGUUGCAUGCUCGUUAUCAAAACAGAGAACUAAACAAAGGUUGAAUGAAAACCAAAACACGUUAGUGAAAUUUGGCGAAAAUGCCGUGGUUUCAAGUGCCAGAAAAUAUAAAGAAACGUGUUUGUAUUUACUUGCUUCAGAGGUACCUUGGUCAGUUUUUUGAAGAAAAAUUAACAUUGGACCAGUUAUCUGUCGAUUUAUACAAUGGAACUGGCACUGUUAAAAACAUCAGCCUUGACGUGCAGGCUCUCAAUGAAUUGGGAGAGAAACAAAAUUGGCCAAUGGAAUUUGUCGACGGUUAUGUGGAGGAACUUUUCGUAUCUAUUCCGUGGGGCUCCCUUCUUAAGGAUUCCAGCUUCAUUGAAGUGCGCGGACUAAAAAUUACUGUUCAACCGAAGCAACGAAAUGAAAGCGCUACCUCGAUGUUCGAAUCAAUGUGGAGUUCGAUGACGAAUUCCAUGCAGUUAGCGGAAGAGUGUGUUAAACAAGAUCCGACUAAUGCAAUGGACUCAGCUCAGCCGCUUGAAGUGAUAGAACGUUUCGCACAAACUAUCGACUCAAUUUUAAGCCGAGUAAAAGUGAAAUUUACAAAUUCCCUAAUACAAAUAGAGCACGUACCAAAAGAUAGUUCAACGGGAGUGGCAGUGCAAAUAAAGAUUCCACAUAUGGAAUACAUGGACGCGGCUGGUAACGAUCCGCCGACAGACGGGACGGUUGAUCCGAAUAAUCUCGAACAAAAUAAGGCGUUUGUCGUAUCCUCGUUUACCACAAAAAACUUUUACUUUCAAGGUGUAACACUGUCAACAGUAGAAUUUCCAAGUAGAGCGCGUACAUUCUCACGGUCUGUGAUAUUUCAAUCCAAUAUUUCCAAUACCCAGGAAGAGGAUUCUUUAAUAACUAUGGUAGAGAAGAGCUUCAAAAUGGAAACGGGUGAAUGCUCGGAUUAUACCGAUACAGAAGAAGAUCAAAUGGCACAAUCAAACGAAUUUGAGAACGAAAGGCAUGUAAUACAGUUUGGAAGAUUAGUAGGGAAACAACAGAUUAGUGUACGUUUAAAACAAUCUGAAGAAGUGCGUGGACCCAAAGUGUCACUGUCUGUCGAAUUUGGAUCCCUCAUAUUGUUUUUAUCGCCGAGACAAGUUCAUGUGCUUUUGGAACUAGCUAAUGGUAUAGCCAGCCCUGAUCUAGAGGACACAAGUAAUGUGUCUGCUAGGCAAAAAUGUGUGGAGAAACCUAUGAGUGGUCUCGAUUAUCAACGAAUUGAACAGGAGUUGCAGCAAAAUAUACAUCCAUCUUACACAUUUCAAUCGCCCGGUUUGCAGGGGAUACAGGGAUGGUCUACAGCUGCUUUAGAGGAAAGUGAUAGUGAUGAAAAUUACCUACCAAUGCAAGGUGCUUCUAUGGGCAGCGGAAUCAUGUGUGAUAGUACUUUAUCGGGUAUCUCCAGUAGCAUGGAAUCGAGCCUUAGCAGUAGCAUGAUGAGUUCCUCAACCGAACCUAGUAGGAAAACUAGGCACAGAGUUAGCAACAUUGACUCGGACCCGACAGCCGAAAUUUCGCAUUUUAACGUUACAGUUGCCUCUUUCGCUCUCGUGAUUCUGCACGAGGAUAUUUUGACACUUUGUGCAGAUCAAGAUCAAAUGCUGUUACCGUCGAGUAUUCGGCAAAUGCAGAACACCUCUGAACAAUUUUUUGGCAAUUUGGGUAUUUUCGGAAAUAAAGACUUCGAAAGUGCGAAAGUUCAAUUUGAGAAGGCAUGCUCUUUAAAUCACCUAAGAUUGUUGGCGGCACCUUUGCAUAUUGAGGUUAAUGAAACGACUACACUUUCUGCUUUUGCCAUAUCGGGUAAAUUGACAGCGGCGAAGUUAGAGUUGCUAGAGUGUUUGAAUUAUGGAAAAGGAGAACGGGUUGAAUAUAUCAACUUGCUCUGUUUCAACGAAAGUAGUGGAUCGUUAGCAGGUGGUCCGCUUUCAUCUAAGCCAAGCCUUAAAUUAGCCUUCAAACAUGUUGAGAAAACUGCUAAGACUGCCAUUUCCAGACUGUCGUCUGUUCCAAAGACUGAUUUAACAAUUACUUUAGAACCUUGUAUAGUAGAAAUCGAUAUAACAAUUGUGGAUAGAAUAUGUGCUAUUUUAAAUCCGCAUCCAAUUUGUGUAGUAAUCAAACAGCCCACUAAUGUAUGGUCAACGGUACCAACUGCGACCACAAUAUCACCUCAACCGGAGACCCGCGUAGAUUUUAAGAUUGUGUCUCCAUCUAUUGAUUUCAGAUUAAGGUUUCCAAUUCCAGACUUUAGGCCGGCGCACGAUAUGCAGAGGGUUCCUUGGUGGAAAAGAAAUGUGCGGCCUGAUUAUCUUGUUUUUGUAUUAAACGAUUUUACAUUUAAUACGAAUUGGUGCACAAGUCAACCUUGUCAAAAGUACAUUUUCCAAUGCGCCACGGGUGAUAUAAGUUACGUUGAAGCCGACACAGAUAUACUACAUCCGAUAGCGAGGCUGGGUACCAUGGAGAAACAAACGAAUUCUUUCCAAGAUGGAUCAAAUGUACCAAGGUUGACUUUAAAAAUCUAUCCAAAAAUUAAGUCAGAAAUGGAGCUAGAACAAAAUGUAGAAGUGGAACCAAGCAUAAUGAAUCAGUCGAUGUACGGAGCAUUAGAGCAACAUACAGAGGACCGUGGCCCUUUCAGCACUAAACGUAUCGUUCAUGAAAGCAACACUCACCAUUACAAAUCGCAGCAAGAGGACACUGAGGAGCUUGUAAUUCCUGGAGAUAAGCAAGAGAUGGCAGACUUUAUUAGUGCCACAACACAAAAUGCUCAAGUACACAUAGAACUAUCGUUACCGUCAGUCAGCUUGCAAUUUAUAUCAAAGCACAUAUACGAACUCAUUUAUAAUCGCAUCAACAACGAUUUGUUGCUUUGGGAACCUAGUUCGCCGAAACCGAAACCUGUGCAGGUUAUUGAUAGCUUAUACACAUUUGUUGCGCCUACUCUUGCCGAUGGACAAGAAUUGUUUUCGAUGUGCAGAAGUGGUAUAAAAUUUGAUUCAGAUUCGGAUACUGAUGAAGAUGAGUCUGAGAUAGGCGAAACGUUUUAUUCUACAUAUGAACGGUCGAAAUCACAAAGAAAACAAUUAAGGGUCGUCGAACCGAAAGGACAGAGUUAUUUAGUCCUUAACAUACAUAUAGGAAAUGGCCUUCUUUGUAUGAAUGUGCCGGUGCGUGAUGUUGCUACAAAUGUAAUUCCAGGACAGCAUGGAGAAUUCUUGUUUAACGUUGAAGACGCCACCAUUUUCACAGUGACGGGAUAUCGCGGCGAUGAUAACUUGGGUUUUGUAAGCGUACAGGCCAGCAACGCUCAACUAUACCACUGUGAUAUGAUAUCGAGUCCCAGUCAGAGCCCGCCUUUGAAACAAGUUGGCACUGCUGUGCAGAGGCAUUUGCAUCCGACGAUUUACAAAUCGGAACCGGGCGUUUUAGUUAAUUCCACUGACCGGUCGGUUAAUCGUGAUAUGGUUUCGGUUGCUGUUCGCAUUCAGGCCAACCAUGAAACCCACCAUGUGAAGACUGUUAGAGUAGCUCUAGGAAUAAGUAAGGCAACAUUGAAACAUCGCGUCUGCCAAGAACCAAACAGUUGGAUAACGCAGAUGAUAGAUAUUUUUAACGUUUUGGAUUACCCCAUUCCGGGAUAUCACGCAAAGGAAGUACUGACUGAAUUGCAUCUUCACGUUUGGGAUUGUGCCAUCGAUUAUAGACCGCUGUAUUUACCAAUUAGGUCAGUGGUAACGAUGGAUAAUUUCACAAUGUCUUCCCAUUUGUCUGCCCAAGCAAAUACGUCAACUUUACGAUUUAUUUUUGAGGAUUGCGCACUCUUUCUUAGCGAAAAGUCGCCACCGAAAGCCGGCGUACCUUCCCUCACGCCCAUCGAUCUCAAGCGCGAUUACAUAAAUGUAAUUGAUGUGGGGUUAUUCGAGUUAAGCCUGAAAACUACUGAUAGGACAUCUGGAAUUAACCCCCACAUUGAUUUACGUGCUUCUAAUAAUAUAGUACACAUUCGCACAUGUGCAGAUAGCGGUCGUGCCUUAACUCAAUUAAUCACUUACUUUGCGGGAGACGGUGAUUUAAUUUCAAUUGAAACAAGCUACUCAGUACCUAGCAAUUUUUCCAGUCCGAGACAUCAACCGGAACAGGAACUUGUGAACGUUGAACCUCAAGAUAUUAGCAAUUUAUCAAAAAGUCAGCAUCAACAUGUUAACGAUCUACUUGGCGAAGCUAUGAAGGAAAGUGUCAGUGUUGAAGAUGAAUCGGAUGAAAUCAAUAACUUAGGUGCCAAAAUGUUCUUUUUUCCCGAUGAAAGUAAUCCAAUUGUGGCGCUGGGGCAGCCUCCAUUGCAGGUUACUCGUGAACUUGGUGAUGUCGCAUUUCGUUCGAACAAAAGUAGUGAUACAGAUGAUGACUUUUGUUUUGUUGGCGACGAGGCUGGUUUAGGCAUUUUGCCACGAAAUGGAAUUCCCGAAAUAAGGUGGUUAACUGAUGAUGGCUUGAGGAUAAUUGAUAAUCACUUCUCUAUACCCGUUGGAAAAACGGAUCUUCUGAAACCACCCAAAAAUUUUCCAACACCCGUAAUGAGGUAUACCUUGUGCGAAAUGAGCGUUGUUUGGCAUAUGUAUGGAGGAAAUGAUUUCAAAUCGGACAACAAACAAAAGAAAAGUGUCAAUUUUUCUGACCUGCGCACAGGUGUUUGUUACUCAAAUAGUCGUAGUGGGGAAGUGAUUUUCACAAGCACCCAGAAGAAAAAAACGAAUGUCACGUGGCAAGUUCAAGGUGGUGCAAACCGUGAUCAUGAUGUCUUGAUGGAGUUACAACUGAACAAGGUGCGAUUCCAACACGAAGUGUACCCUGAAAACACAUCUCAGGCAUCUCGACAAGUACUCCUCGUUAGUGAGUUAGAAAUCAGGGAUCGUUUAGCGUCAAGUCAAAUUAAUAAGUUUUUAUAUCAGUACACUAGCCAAUCUCGACCAAAGCAGUCACAUGCUCAUAUGAUUGUAAUUAAAGCUAUACAUAUCCGUCCUGACCCCAAAUUGAAAACUCAGGAAUGCUGUUUGAAAAUAUCGUUGCUACCUCUACGACUGAACAUUGAUCAAGACUCUUUAUUAUUUUUGAUUGGAUUUUUUAGUGAAUUAAGUGGAGAAACCCCAAAGAAUGAGGAAUUACAGAACCCUUCCUCAAAGCAUAGCACGCCGACACAUCAACCUCCCAUAAUGACCAUCAAAGUAGAAAAUGAAGAAGAAAUAGUGGAGCAAGCGCAAAAAAUGGUGGACGAUAAUCUACUUAUACUUUUAGAGGAAAAUAAAGCACUAGAAGAGUCCGGUGAAGUUUCAAAGACAACACCGGCCAGCAUUGAGGAUAGUCCCCCUGUCUACUUUAGAAAUGUGAUAUUUUCCCCAGAAGUUCCUAUAAGAUUGGAUUACCAAGGCAAACGAGUCGACAUGACUCACGGCCCGUUACCCGGAUUACUAAUGGGCUUAGGUCAACUUAACUGUUCAGAAUUGAAACUGAAACGACUUUCGCAUCGACACGGAUUAUUAGGAUUAGAAAAAUUAGUUAGUUACUGUUUACACGAAUGGCUUCACGACAUUAAAAAGAAUCAACUUCCCAGUUUACUGGGAGGCGUUGGUCCCAUGCACUCGGUCGUUCAACUGUUUCAAGGAAUUCGCGAUCUCUUUUGGUUACCCAUCGAACAGUACCAGAAGGACGGUCGCAUUGUUAGAGGUCUGCAACGUGGUGCCAAUAGCUUUACCACUUCAACCGCAAUGGCGGCUUUGGAACUAACCUCUAGGAUUAUUCAUUUAAUUCAGAUAACUGCAGAGACCGCGUAUGAUAUGGUUUCGCCAGGUCCGAGUGUGAGACGGAGAACAAAAAGUAAAGGUCGUAAGAAGAGAUAUGCUCAACCGCAGGAUAUUAGAGAGGGAAUGGCGAAUGCGUAUAUGUUGGUUAAGGAGGGUAUUGGAGAGACUGCAGACAACUUGGUUCGAGUAGCAUCUCACGAACACGAACAGAAAGGUUACAGUGGCGCAGUGGGCGGAGUUUUACGACAGAUACCGCCAACAGUAGUAAAACCCAUUAUAAUCGCAACAGAAGCCACUAACAACGUAUUGGGUGGAAUGCAAAGUCAGUUAGUGCCCGAUGCUCGUAGGGAAGCAAAACAAAAAUGGAGAACUGACGAUGACGGAUAAACACAAACAACCUAAUAGGUCAUUCAGUUUUCCUAACUAUAAUUAAGAGCAGGCGUAGGUGUACAUGACUUUUAAAUUAAAAUCUCAUCUUUGUCGUAGUCUUCCGAUACAAAUUCCAAAUUGGCAAAGAUAGAAACGCAUUUUAGGCAGAUAUGUUCAUAUGUUUCUCUCCAUCUGCUUUGGUUUUCAAACAAAUCUGUACCCCUUGCCUGCUCUUCCAUUUCAGUCAUACUUUAAAAAUUUUUAUAAUAUAUGUUAUUAGUUCUAAUUUAAAGUUUAUAUUCUUUUUGAUCGUUUUUGUACAUUUAUAAAUACCAUAUUAAACGAAUAAGGAACCUUU